CUAUCACAUAUUGAUUGAAAUUCGAUGAUUUUAACAAACCCCUGUGUGUGCGUGUAAAGCUUAAUGGUCCAAACGAUAUUGGCAUUGAUUGUUACUUCCGUACACGUUAAACAACGUCUGCCUCCUUCAACAAUCAUUCCUGCUACACUAAUCAGCUGGAACGGUUUACAUAGGAAUCUAUUCUCAAAUUUAAUACAGUUUUAACAAUCCUUCAAACAGACCAGAGAGUCGCUGCUUGAACGACUAAUUUAUACCUGCAUAAAUGCAACUAUUCAGACUCUAGCCUGACAUACUCAAGACAAAUACGACAUAAGAAGUCAACAUUCUUACAGAGGACAAUGGGGAUGCACACCCUUCAUGAGAAGAAAAUCUUGUUCAUGUUUGCUAUCCUGUGCAUUCUCUUAAUCGCCACAAAUCUCAUCGACAACACCCAUGAUUUCAAUCUCUUUGAAUUUGAUGACGUCACAUUAGAACGAGUGGACGGAGGUGGGCGUCUCUCCGACGUAAAAUCGCUGAUGAAAACUGUUUUGAAUUCAUCAGCAUCGGUGCAGCAUUUACGUGACAAAAAUCAAAAUCGUACUAAUCCAUCCCAUCGCGAUGGAGGGAGAAAAGAAGGAAUGAUUCCAAAGAAGAAGUCCAGAAAAGAGCCUGAAACCAAGCCAAACUUGGACAACAAAUUGGAGGACAAAUCCUCCAUAAAAGAGGAUACUAACGAAAGCGCAAGGAGACAGCAACUUGAGCAGACUAACCCUUUAUUCAGUGAAUGGGUUAUCAAUCCGCACCCAUUCCAUUUUAUUAAUAACUCGGGGAAUUGUAGCCAGUAUGUGCCUGGCGGUGAGGUCUUCUUGUUGAUCCUUGUGGCCUGCCGACCAGAGGAAGAAAGGGACCGCCGCUGGAUUAGAGACACCUGGGGUUCGAUCAAGGCCUAUAAGGGCAAGACCCUCCUAACUCGCUUUCUGGUCGCGCGGUCUCCUAAGAAGAUAUACACAAGGAAACUGAUUUGGGAAGAGAGUGUUCUUUACGGUGAUAUCAUCCAAGAGAACUUCGCCGACACAUACCGAAACAUGACGCACAAGGUGUUGAUGGGGUUGAAAUGGGCGGCCCAGAUGUGUCCACGUGCUACCUAUGUCAUGAAACUUGACAGUGACAUGUUUGUCAAUGUCUUUAGACUGGUGGAUCUCCUUGAGGCGUCACCGAGGAGUAACUUCGCUAUUGGACACCUGAAAGGGCCCACCUUGCCUCAACGCACUCGCACCAGGAGAGUAAUUUCAAAAUGGUACACUCCUAUAGAGAUGUAUCCGGAGAGCACGUUCCCGCCAUAUCUGAACGGCCCAGCUUACGUCAUGUCAGGUGACCUUCCAGGGCGGAUCUUCAACCAAUCAGUGCAUGCGAGAUACUUGCCUUGGGAUGACGUAUACAUUGGCAUUGUCAUGACAAGGCUUGGCGUGCAGAUGAAAUAUGGACACCACUUCGAAGACUACCCGAUUGGUUGGAAUGGAGUGGCUGUACUAAAGUCAAUCUUGAACGGAAUAGCUUCGUAUGUAGGACACCAGCGAGCAUUCAAUUUUGUCUUGCGUGAUAUUUGGUUGCAAAUUCUCGCACAGUAUGACAACUAUGUGUAUUCACCUCCCCCCGAUUCGUUGCAGAGAUUCAAUAACAAAAGUUUACGUCACUGGUAAACGUUUUUGAGAUCCCAGCACAAUACCAGCAUUGGGGGCGGGGGCACAUCUCAAAAGCAAUAGAUAACUCUUAUGCAUAUGGGGGGGGGGGGGCUUGGCAGCCGCUCACGAGGAAAGGGGGGCAUUUCCAUAUUGUUUUGUGACCCUGUUAACAUGCCAAUAGAAUUUCUGAAUGAAGAAAUAACUUAAAAGGAUGAAUUUACAAAAAUAUAUAUCUUCCAUUACUGUAAUUGCAAGUUGUACUCGAUUAUAUUGUAAUUACCAAACUGAUACACUGAUAUUAACAGUGGAACAAUACAGGGUAAUUACAGAGAGUAAAAUAAGAAAAACAUUCCGUGUAUGUGAUUAA